AGAGUUGAGUUGAGACAGCAGAAACAGCAUGGAGGCCGAGGAGAGAAGGAGCGGCAAAACCGCUAAAAAAGGUGGGAAACGUGUCAAAGCAAUGACAGCUGAAGAAGAAGCAAGAAGGAGAGAGGUGGUGAAGGAGACGUUAAGGGAGAAGUUUGACCUGGAGAAAAGAGCCCUGAAGAUAGUGGAGCGUCUCCUGGAGGACAGCGUGGCUGAAGACUUUUUGGUUGACUGUGCAAAGUUCAUUGCUCCUGCUAAUUACAAAGACACUGUAGAGGAGAGAUCCAUUGCUAAACUGUGCGGUUAUCCCAUAUGUUCAAAUAAAAUGGGCAAGGUCCCAAAGCAGCAAUAUAAAAUAUGUACUAAGACCAAUAAGGUGUAUGACAUCACAGAGCGCAAGAGUUUUUGUAGUAACUUCUGCUACAAAGCGUCCAAAGAGUUUGAGCUUCAAAUCUCGACUACGCCACUGUGGCUCAGGCAGCACGAGAGUCCUCCAGAAGUUAAAUUAAUGAAGAAAGGAGAUGGUGGGAGUUCUGGUGAGGAGGUGCUGCUGACGACGAGGCGUCUCGAAGAGGAGGACAUUGAGAACCCGCUCGCUGCUCAACCCGAGGAUGCUCGCAGCUCUCAGGACGCUGCAGUCGGCCUCGGCCACAGUGACGGCAGCGACAUCGAACAAGAGCAGGACUUUGUCUCCAGCGUGGUUUCCCAGCGGCAGGGUCCCAGGGUGCACUGGGGCGACCUUCCUAAACGUACAGAUGAGGACAAGAAAGGUGAUCGAGGGAAGGUGGAGAGGCAAAAAAAACAGAGGAGAGAGGGAGGUGAAGAGGAGGCCGAGGGUCAUCGAAAACAGGGUGCGGAGAGGGAGGGGAACAUGAGAGAAGAUGAAAACGGAAAGGAGUCUCGUUCAUGUAAAACAGAAGUUGGAACUGAUGCUGAAAACUCAUUAAACACACACAGACCUAACGGAGGCCUGCCUGACGAAGCCAGCGUGGAAGAAGCUACUGCUAAGCUGAAUUGUUGCAAUUUAUCUGAAGGAGUCACUCCUGCUGCUCCUCCACCUGUUGAAUCAACAGAUAACACAACUCUCGCCAGCUCUUCACCGUGUAAAGACUCAAACAGCUCAACAGAAAGCAAACGGCUCCCUCCUUCACCCCUGAUCAACACGAAUCAGCACAGCAGCAACACGGCUUCAAUCAGCCAGCCAGACCUCAACAUCACACAGGUGGGAAUGAGCAGGAGAGGCGCCGCGGGGCUACGAGAUCUACUCAAGAACCACACUGCUGGAGCCAAACCCGACAACAUCCGUCUGAACCUCCUCGAGUGCCUGAGAAGAACGUUAAAGGAGUGGAGCACCGAUGAGACCCUGAAGUUCCUGUAUGGCGCCGAGCAUUCACUAGGCUCGCCUUUCGCCGAUGUUAAAGAGGAAAAAGAGGUGGAGGAGGAGCUGGACGAAGACGACCUGGAGGAUGAGGUGACAGAUGAGGGUGCAGACGGGGUUGAGGCAGGGCCGCAGAAGAGACCAUCUGCCGCUGCGCCGGACUACGGGGCGCUGCGGCAGGAGACCCAGCAGCUGGAGCUCAGAGUCAAGGAGUUUUAUAAGGGGACCUGGGUUUUACCUGAGGAGGCAGAGGGGAACAAGCUUGGAAACAAGCAGGUGACAGUCCAGGACCAGAGCACGAAGGAUCCAGCUCUGCCGCUUGUCGACUCUCACGCACAGCACCUCAUCCAGAAACGAAUCACAGUGGAGAGGCUCACCAGCUGUCUCAGAAACAUUGUGGGUCCUCUGCGCCUCACCAUGAGUGACAUCUCCACUGAUUUGAACAACCUGGUCCGGACAUUCAGCUUCACCAACACAAACAUCAUCCACAAAGCUCCAGAGUGGACCCUGAUAGCCGUCGUGCUCCUCCAUCUGUUGUCUGCAGUGUCUCCGGUGGUGCGAGACGCCUUGGAGACGGCAGCAUCAGUGGAGUAUCUGAACACGCUGAUGGAGGAGCUCGGUCUGCAGGAGCAGGACCUUCUGAACUUAGUGCGGCUGUUUAAAAGCCCGGCACACUGACACACACACACACACACACACACAGACGUGGACAUAUGAAUUAUACAUACACACUCAGGAUCACUGACUGGAUUAAAUAACUGUGUGGGUAUCCCACAUUUUCUAUAAUGUUUGUUUUCCAAAAUAAAAUUGGUUAUAAUAACUUUUGAAACGAAA